AUUACAACAGCUGAAACUAUCAACAUGUCUGUUUUCCGUUGACGCUUCCCUGCGUUUUGAGGGUGAUUUUAAUUUUUUGCGGAAAUAUUUUAACUUCUACACUCAACUUUUUAACAAAAUGCAUUCAUAAGUACCUAGUUGCAAACGUAUUUCCGCAAAAACUGCCAUUCGCCACAUUAGAAUCCCGCGUUUUGUUUCAUCAAGUUCAACGGUUAUUGUUUACGGAAACAGCGGGGCAAUGGCAUCUUUUAGAAUUUACGACGAUCAAGAAAAUUCUUCAUUAGGAUUAAGAAAAGAUGCAGACGCACUUGCUACUGCUACACAAAGGCGCGCGCUGGGAGAUCUCAGCCAAUUCGCCUGCAACCAGAACCGCAACGUAAAACAGGUUGGCAUGACAAAAGGACCAUGCAAAGUUCAAGAUGAGAAUAGGACAGUACGCCAGAUAAAGAACGAAAAGAAUAUUGUGCCCCCCGUGGCUCAAUUUCGCGCCUUCAGCGUCUACGAAGAUAAACCAACUGAAGCAGAAGUGAAGAAAAGAGAACCUACAUUUAAACCCUUUAUUGCCAAAGAGAUCAAAAAAGACAACUUCUUCAUCAACGCUGCAGAAAAUGUCAAGGCUCUUUGUGCUCAAGCAGAGAAACAUUGUGAAAAACCUAAAGAGCUGCCUCAAAUAAGACCACCUUUGCAAGAAAAAAAUGAUGACCAAGAGAAAAAGGUUGAGAAAGAUGUUGUUGAAUCUCCAAUGUCAGUUGUUGACUCCAGUAUACUGUCUAUGUCAAUAUCAAAAAAUGAGAGUCUUUUGGAAGAGACAGACGAUGAUACUAAAACUGCUCAGACUGACAGAGAAAUGUUCUUCCAUGUUGCUGAAUAUAGACAGGAUAUCUAUGACUAUAUGAGAGAGAUCGAGGUAAAGAACAGACCAAAUCCUCGCUACAUGCGAAAGCAACCCGAUAUCACUCAUGUCAUGAGGUCCAUUCUCAUUGACUGGUUAGUGGAGGUGUGCGAUGAGUACAACCAGCAGAGUGAGACGUUACACCUUGCAGUGUCCUAUGUAGACAGAUUCCUGUCUUAUAUGAGUGUGGUACGCACUAAACUGCAAUUGGUGGGCACAGCUGCUACUUAUAUUGCAUCGAAAUAUGAAGAGGUGUACCCUCCAGAGGUCUCGGAGUUUGUAUAUAUCACCGAUGACACAUACACAAAGAAGGAGGUGCUGCGUAUGGAACAUCUUAUACUGAAAGUUUUAUCUUUUGACCUCUCCACACCAACCUCACUGUCUUUCCUAUCACAUUAUUGCAUAUCAAAUGGACUUUCUAAGAAGACCUUCCAUCUGGCUGCGUACAUAGCGGAGCUGUCGCUGCUCGAAGCGGACCCGUACCUGCAGUUCAAGCCGUCGGUGAUAGCGGCUAGUGCGCUAGCGACGGCGCGUCACUGCCUGCUGUGCGAGCGCACCGACUGCGCACAGGGACGCGCGGAUAACGCACCGCACCCGCAAUGCGCUGCUAUUGCAUGGCCGGCGGCGCUGGGUGCGAGCGCGGGCUACUCGCUGGGCGCGCUGGGCGCGUGCCUGCGCGAGCUGGCGCGCUCGCACGCGCACGCGCCCGCGCAGCCCUACCAGGCGAUACCCGACAAGUACAGGAACAACAAAUACGACGCGGUUUCCUCAAUCGAACCGAAGCCCAUGUUCGCGAUCGCCAAGUACCAGCCGCCCGCGCCCGCCGCGCGUCCGAGCGAACCCGCCAGAACUGCCUAGUUUACUUGACCUUAGCUAAUGUGCCCAACCCUUGUGCCAAACGGUAAAAAUUAAAUAUAGCUCAAACAGUUAUGCACUAAAAUGUGCAUAAUAACAACGAAACUCCAAACAUACGAAAUGGCACAUAAUAUGUCUUUUGACGCAACUUGCUUUGAACGCUUUGCCGUCGCGCAACGUGUUUCUAUCAAGAUUCAAGAAAUUAUGAAUUUCAUUGACACAGCUUUGCUCAAAUAUGAAUGAAUGAAUGAAUGAAAGUUAUUGAUUGAUUUAUUUACGUCCCUUCUAUUUGUCUGUAAAGCUGUCCAUUUUUAUUUCACUUCAUGGAAGGCUGAAAGAGUUAAUAUUAAAUAGUAAUCAUUUCAUUGUUUGCUUAUCUCGUUAAUUCCAGGUUUUUCGUAAGUAUUUGAGCAAAAAACGUAACAAUAAUUAUACGAUUUUAAAUUCGGCAUAUUGUGAUUUUUGUGGACCAAUUAGUUUGAUAGGUAGGUUUACAUAAUGUAGUCACACAAUAGGGUUAAAUUUAGUAUAAUAUUGGCUGUAAUGUUACUGACGAAUUUGCAUUUAGCGCUGCCAAGUAUUUUAAUGUGUGAGGACAAGUCUCGUAUAUUUUUGGUAAAUAAUUUGAACUGCCAAUUAUUACGUAUUACUGAUUACAUGUUUGUUAGUAAAUUAUUAUUUUUGAGAUAUAAGGUAUGUUUUUAAUGUUGAUAAGUAGUUUAUAAUGUAAUUUAAUAUAAUGAAACCACAUAUUUUUCUCCAGUGUUUCUAGCGGAGGUGAGUUCGAGUACCUAUUUAUAAUGAUAAUAUAUAGUAUUAUUAAAAUAA